UCAAGAGUGGCCGCUCUCAGGUUCCUUUCUGAUAUAGUCUAUGAUUUUCGGUAGAAAGAUUUGAUUUAUUAAAAAAAGUUACGUUAUAUUGUUAUUAAAAUUUUCUGGAAAUCUGUUAUUUGAAGUGACAAAAAACUACAAAUAUGCCUACAUAUGAAAUGCCAUUGUUGAUACGAAUCAUGAAAAAGCCGGAAUUGAUAGCAACUUUAAAGAGAACAGCCGAAACAAUAUUUAAUACUGGUGGUUUUAUCAGAAAAAUUGAAAACUGUGGAGUGAUAUCACUUCCAUGCAAAACUGAUGCACAUGGAUAUGUUCAUCAUGAAGCAAACCAUUUUUUCUUAUAUUUCGAUGUACCACCAACAGAAGUAGAAAAGAUUAUAGAUAAGUGCAAUAGAGACAUUGAUAUUGUUAGAUCAAAAAUAUAUAAAAAAUAUAUACCAUUUAAAAAGACAUGUACGUUCCAUGAAGAGAUGUUACCACCACCUUAUAGGCCUAGUGUCCAAAAACUUAUGGAAAUAGCGCAGAAGCAGCAUCGUAAAAAACAUGAAUUUAAAUAUAAUAAUGGAUUAGAUUAUUAUCCUUUUAAUAAAUAACUAGAUAUAGAUGUUGUAUUUCUUUUAUUGUAGUAUAUCACAUUAUAUAGAAUUUGAAAUAAAAUAUUUUAGAAAAGUUUUGCACAUUAAAUAUCUCGAAAAAACGAUUACCUAAUCUGAUUUAAGAUAGAAAAAAAUUAAAAAUAUAACGUAUUUCAUUUUAAUAUUUCAAUAUAAAACUCACUUAUCAAUUCAUUGUUUAUUAACUCAUCCAAUUAUGAAAAAUUGUUUUUCUAACCAUCAAUAUAUAUUUGUACAAAAUACUUAAUAUAUAAUUAUAUAUAAUUAUCUCUCUCGUGCAACAUAAAUGUUUAUAGAAUAAUUUGAUUAGAUUGAAAUUUGAAAUGUUCAAUCAAUGAUAAUGACGCAGCUAGCCGGAAACUCUGCUUUCGUUGUACAAUAUACUUUAUAAUAUUCAACAAUUAUAAGUGGCUGUCCAAGAUGUUAACAUACAAUAUCUUUGUUUCUUUGUAUUGUGUAAGAAUGUUUAUGCAUCUUUCUAUCCUGAGAGCUACACAGUCGCAUUAUAAAUUGUGAAAUAUAGCUUUAUGUGUGAUAGCGUAUGUAUACGUAAGUAAAAAAGAUUCGCAUUGAAUUGUCAUAUAAUCAAGAAAUAGGAUAUAAAAUAUUUCUCACUUUAAUAUACUUGCAUAAGUAUGACAUCAUAUGCCAAUAGAUUCAAAGUAAAAGUGAUGUAAGAAAAAUUGAAUUAGAUAUUUUAUAUGAU